AUGGCGCCGCCGCAAGGCAUUCAUCUCCACCUGAAACUUCACUGCAUGCACACAUCCGUCUCAGCAAGAACUCUAAUCUGUAUCUGCGUAGCACUGCACUGGCCGAUUGGGAUACGUAGCCGUCAGCUUCCGUACUACCAGUUCAACGGCACCGUCACCGUGAUGUUGAGCCCAACGUAUCCGAUCACCGAGCGAGACAAGCUGCAGCACGGUAAGGCGACCAUCACUGAGCUUUGCGCAAUGUCACUCAUUGUCUCAACUUCAGCACCGUGCCUUUGUAGUCCCCAGCUUCCGGCUCGCGGUCGCCCGCCAGAUCUGCCAGACCUGCCAAUCCAAGUCUCCGCUCUCAGGGACAAUUCUGACCCCACACUCUGUGCGAAUCACAGCGCAGCCGCCAUCUCGGACGACGAACUACUGUGGGUAACGUCAUAUGCUGAUCUGGUACCAAGCUUCCAACAGUCCGGACGAGGCGCGGGCCGUGGCUAACUUAGCGGAUUUGCGAUCGUCGCGUGCGCAACUGCCACGACUGGCUGGUUAUCAUCUUGAGGGUUGUUGCUGUCUCGCCGCUGUUAAAGACUUCUCGGGUUGCUAGAGAUGGGCAUUUAUGGAGUACGUUUGGCCGUUAAGGGUAAGUAUGUUUGCUGUUAGGUUGUAAUGAGACUCUGGUCACGCGGCUAUUGGGUAAUGGAGCAGUCAUCUGCAGGCCUCAUAUUCUUGCACGUCUGGGAGGAAAUCAACAGUUCUGUGCCUGGAUUCCACAAUCGAG